AUGGACCUCCUCCUCAGCCCCACCCCCGUUCCGCUGCCCAUGCCCCACUCACCCGCGCCCGUUCACCUUAACAGUUCGCCCCCAACGGCCUCUUCGCUCGAGUCGUUGCGGUCCAUACACCAACGCACACGCAGCAUACACACCUCUGCGCCCGCGCAGUCAUUCAACUUCCCGCAACUCCCCGAUUCGAUACGAAACUGGUUUUCUCCGGACGACUCUUCGGGCAAGGACCUGAAUCCGAUUCUGAGCGAAGAAGACGGCGGUAAGACCGCCCAAGAACAACGUGAAAACAUCAGGAGCAAAUAUGUCGCAACGAAGAACCCGAUAGUCUUCUGCCACGGCCUCCUCGGCUUCGACACGGUCACUUUGGGUCCCUCCAUCGCCCCGUUGCAAGUCACUCAUUGGCGGGGGAUCCGCGAUGCGCUGGAGGCUAACGGCAGCGAGGUCCUCAUCACGCGCGUGCCCGCAACAAGCUCGCCCAUCGACCGCGCAAAGGUGCUCUGUGCGAAGAUCGCGGAGACGUACCCCGGGCGCGCGGUGCAUCUCAUCGGACACAGCAUGGGCGGGAUCGACUGCAGGUACUUGACAACGCACAUGACGGACCGGCCGUUUGAGGUGCUUUCGGUGACGACGAUCUCGAGCCCGCACCGCGGCUCGGCGUUCGCGGACCACUUCCUCGCGACAGUAGGGCGCGAGCGGAUGCCGUCCGUGCUCUCCCUGCUUGAGCUCCUUCCGAACGGCGGCGGAGACGGGAAGGCGUUCGAGUUCCUCACUGUUGAGAACAUGCGCCGCUUCAACGAGGACACUCCGGACGUGCCGGGCGUGCAGUACUUCUCGUGGGGCGCCGUGUAUGAGCCGGGGUUGAUUGAUACGUGGAAGUGGCCACACUCGAUCGUGCUUGAGAAGGAAGGCCCAAACGACGGGCUCGUCUCGCUCAAGUCCGCGCGCUGGGGCACGUACCUCGGCACGCUCGAGGGCGUGAACCACCUCGAUCUCGUCGGGUGGAUCAACACCGCGCGGUACAAGUGGGCGGAAAUCAUGGGCCGCGAGAUCAAGUUCAAGCCCGCUACGUUUUACCUCGGUAUCGCGGACCACCUCGCGCGCGUCGUCGAGGGCCAGGGCCGUGCGCCCGGCGAAGGCGCGCAGGAGGGCCCCGGGCUCGAUGCUGCAAGAGAUGCUGCCUCUGGCGAGGGCGAGUCAGAGGCGGAAGGCUCGCCGGAGAGGAGGGAGAGAGACGAGAUCCGGAAGCAGGGUGAGCGCGCGGAGAUGGCGGACAGUCUGGGCAAGGGCGGCGAGGGGGAGCGCGAGAGCAGGCAGAAGCUCACACCAGCAUCGACACCUCCGCCCCCGCGCACAGACGAGGACAAGGACAAGAGGGAGGGUAAGAGGCCUGCACAAUGA